AUGGUUCGAAAAGUCAAUCCGCAAGCCGUAACCACCAUUGUUGGUGUUUUGAUUUGCGUCAUAUUAGGUAGUAUUUCUAUCUGGAGAACUAUUGUUAACGAAAACAGCAUAAAUAGCAGAGCACAAAAAAUAUUAUCCAAAUUUACACUUGAACAAAAAGUUGGCCAGUUAUUCUUAAUGGACCUUUCAGGACUUACUCUUACAGAUAGUGAUAAAGCAAUUCUUAAAAAAUACAAACUUGGUAAUUUUAUUUUGAUGGGUAGAAACCUUGGAACGAUUGAAGAAACAGCUGCAUACUCCAAAUCUCUUCAAGAAUAUUCAAUGAAAGAGUUCGGAAUUCCAGCCUUCAUUUCAAUCGACCAAGAAGCGGGCUCAAUCCUUAGAAUGUACAAGAAUUGCACUGUCUUCCCAGGAGCUAUGUCCCUUGCCGCUACUGACAGUCUUGAUAUUGCUAAGAAUAUCUCUAAGUUAAUGGCUACCGAACUUCGUGCUGCUGGUGUCAACAUGAACCACGCUCCAACAUCUGAUGUAAACAGCAACCCUAAGAACCCAAUCAUCGGUGACCGCUCUUUCGGCGAUAAUCCAGAGAAUGUUUCCAAAUUUGUCGACUAUUACAUACAAGGCCAUCACGAAGCCGGAAUUUUGACAACAUCUAAGCACUUCCCAGGUCAUGGCGCUACAUCAGUUGAUUCUCAUAAAGCUUUACCCUCUAUUGACCAUAAUAUGACCCAAUUACUUGAAAUUGAUAUUCCACCAUUCCAGCAAGCCGUUAAAUCUGGCGUAGAUUCAAUUAUGGUCGGCCACCUUAUUACACCAAUUGAUAAUGAGUCAGCCUGCACACAAUCCAAGAAAUGCGUCGAUUUCGCACGUAACCAACUUAAAUACGACGGAAUUCUUAUUACAGAUAGUAUGCAGAUGAAAGCCAUCAAGCAGGAAGACCUCAACGAAUCCAUUGCAACAGCAAUUAAAUCCGGAAUUGAUUUAAUUUGCGAUUGCGGCGGCGAUAUAGUUGGAACUGAUCCAUACUACUCAGUUAUUGCAUAUAUUGUCGAACAAGUCCAGAAGAACAUAAUUCCAGAAAAAAUUAUUGAUCAAGCCGCAUUAAGAAUCAUCAAAACCAAGCUUGCUAUGCUUCCUGCUACAGAUCCUUCAUCAGCUGAUGUCGAGAGUGAUAAGAAAGAGGCACAGAGAGUUGCACAAUUGGCUUCAACUCUUGCAAAGGACACAAACAAGCUCAUUCCACUCGAUACAACAAAGAAAGUCGCUGUUAUAGAAGGUGUAACUGAAACUACAUUGAUAACAAAGACUCUUUCGGACAUUCUUAAGAAUGAUAUUCCAAAUUUACAAGUUUAUAAAUUCGAUUAUAACACUACAUUAGAAGAUAUCGCUCAGGCUAAAGAUCUCGCUUCAAAAGUCGAUACUGUUGUCCUUGUUCCAAACAGAGCUCAAUAUUACAGAAAACAACAGUGGUUAAUUGGUAAUGUUACACAGGCAAAUAAGAAUACAAUUAGUGUCUCGAUUACAGACCCAUACGAAGUAAUGGCUUUCGAUUUCCCAACUCAUAUUAUUGGUUACGAUAGAACUCAAGUUACAUUGAAUGCUGCCUACAACGUUCUUGUUGGUAAGGCUAACGCAACUGGAAAAGUUCCAUUCCAGUACUAA